UGUUCUGCCUCCCAUGGUCCCAGGAAUGUAGAAGACCAAAGGACCCCUGAUUGUUUUUGGGACAAAAGGAUCAUCUUUGUGGCGCAAUCCAUUAAAAUAUUAGCCGAGGAGGACAAAUCCAGUUCAGAUUCUCCCCUUGAAUCUCCCCCAGCUGUCAAUAAGCUUUGGUAAAAUGAGGUGCAAAGCUACAACCCAUCCCUGCACAGUGUUAUGUGGGGCUGGAAGCUGAGGUAUCAGAGCAGAACAAGAUAAAUGGGCUGCAGAUGAAGAGAAGCAAGAGAUUUUUUGGAAGUCUCACCCCCAUAACCAGAGCCUGAGGCUCUUUCAGUGACAGAGACUAAUUCUAAUGAGCUGCAGUUGCUUGAGGCUGAGGAACUUGGCAAGUGUCAGGGAGAAGGAGUGGGGAUUUGAGCUGAAGGGAAGCUCCAUCCUCUGCAUGUUUCACUCCACAUUUGCUCUGACCAUGAGAAGGGCUUUCUGCUGCAAUAGUUCACAGGAUUUAAAGCGUUUUUAGACCUCCCUUUAUUUAAGUCUUCUCUUUGCCUACUGGAACUUAUGGGACAGUCUGGAGACAGGAUCUUACAUGGUACAUCUCAUGACACAAUCCCACGAUAAGGGUCGAUGAUGCUUAUUCUGCUUUACGCCAUAAGCAUUGCUCUUUGCGCAACUGGACAGUCAUUCGACAAUAAUCAUAAAGGAGACCAUCAAUACACAAGGUAUGUCUGCAGCAUACCAGGAUUGUCUGGCCCUCCAGGUUCUCCUGGGCGUAAUGGACAAACAGGGCCCCAUGGACGAAUUGGUCUUCCAGGAAGAGAUGGGAGAGAUGGCAGGAAAGGAGAAAAAGGGGAGAAGGGAACUGCAGGCUUUCGAGGAAAAACAGGACCUCUCGGACCCAUUGGAGAAAGAGGAGACCAAGGAGAGACAGGUAAAAAGGGACCAGUAGGAGGAGCAGGGGGCAAAGGUGAACUUGGUCCUAAAGGGCCAUAUGGUCCAAGAGGUCCUAAAGGUGAAAGAGGAGAAAGUGGGGAACCUGGUGUAUGCAAGUGUGGAAACAUCAUCCUCAAAUCAGCUUUCUCAGUUGGAAUUACUACCAGUUAUCCACAAGAAAGGCUGCCCAUUCUGUUCAACAAGAUCCUAUUUAACGAGGGUGAGCAUUACAACCCUUCCGUAGGAAAGUUUAUUUGUGCAAUUCCCGGCAUUUACUUCUUCUCCUAUGAUAUCACUCUUGCUAACAAGCAUCUGGCCAUCAGCCUGGUGCAUAACGGACAGUACAAAAUCAAGACUUUUGAUGCCAACACAGGAAACCAUGAUGUGGCUUCAGGAUCAACACUUGUUUACUUGAAGCCGGAAGAUGAAGUGUGGCUUGAAAUUUUCUACACGGAUCAGAACGGACUUUUUUCAGAUCCCAGCUGGGCGGAUAGCUUGUUUUCUGGGUUUCUUUUAUAUCCCGAUACAGAUUAUAUGAAUGCAUUAUCUGAGGAUUAUUUUUGAUGAUGUCUUCUUACUGUACAGAUGCUGAUCUUUUCCAUGGAACCUGCAGAAAUUCCAGGAGAAACACAAUACAUACAAUUUUAUAUUUUCUCAGGAAUGCCAUGAUGUGCACAAUACAAUGUUUGAAUAAAACAAAGUUUAUAUAUAAUUAUGUUUUGCAAAACAUAAAAAAUCUGAACGACUAGAAGUCUUUAUUGGAAAAUAUGGGUGUUUAGAGACUUUCUUUAUGAGUGCUGUUUACCAAAGUAGCAAUCAGUAGCUUUCUGCUGUUUCUACAAUUCCUCACAAAUAUAUAUUUUUUACAAAAAUAUCAAAUUAGUGCUACAGGAAUUUAAAAUACAUAUAUAUUUUUUCAUGCCUGGUUUAAUUUAUUUAAACUCAAGUUACAUUAAAAGUAUACAGAUAUGGGACCAGUUACCUAGAAUGCUCAAAACCUUGGGUUUUCCCCGGAUUAGGGGUCUUGGAACACUAGACUUUAAAAGGCACAUUUAUCAAUAUUAGAAUUUUGAACUCAUGUAAGUUUUUUUUAAUUCACGUGAAUUAAAUUU